UCUUUUAACAGGUUCAUUUGAACGACUUGUAGUCAUAAAUACUGAUUUAUUUUGCUUGUAGCUUUAUUUUAGAUGACUUUUAAGGUUAGGUGUGAGAUUAAUAUCAGGUGAGCAAUGCAGACCCAUUUGGCCUCUUGUUUAAAUGAAAAAAUAUCCCUCUUUUCAACGAUACUUAGCAUUUGUUUUGUACAUCAAGUUUGGAAAUGAGGUUUUUGAUACAAGAAAGUAAGGUGGGGUCGAUUUUUCGACAUCGACAUCGAGAGAUUCCAGCCUUCGUAUCAAACGUGUAAAAUUACUAUGCACACCUUAGCUGUACCUAGUCCGAAUUAUUCUGACGUUUUAUCGACUUUUUUUUAUACAGACCGAUAUAAAAAAAAGGUUGAUAAAACGUCAGAAUAAUUCGGACUAAGCUGUACCUUAGCUGUGUCGGUUUUUGCAUGGAGAUGUGACUUGAUUUUCAAAUGCAAAUAUUUCAGUUAUCAGAAGAUACUAGCCUCGCAAUGUAAAUCUUUGAAAUGCAUGAAUAUAUAUCAAAAAAUAAAUAACAUGAAAAGUUACGACCGAUUCCAUAUUAUUUGACAACAAAACCAACGAAUCGAAAGUGAAAAUACAACAUUCAUCAAGGUCUAUAUGAUGUUUAGAUUAAAGCCUCGUUUGAGCGUCUACCUGAUAAAGAUCUACAUCUCGUAUUUUUUUCGCAUCAUAAGAUUCAAAACAUCUACAUUCCGAUCAUUCUAAGUGUUCUACAACAACAACAACAACAAAAACUGCUGGGCGUUGUAAUUUAAUGAACGAAGUAGUUAUAACCUAGAUAUGACGGAAAAUUGAAAUUGAGUAGUGAUGGUGCAACAGCACCUGAUCGUCCACAGACUAUGGACACAGGCUGUCUGCCACAUACAGAGGCAAAGACGUUGGAAGAGACUGGGUAGUGACUUUAGAAGAGGCUGUUGUUAUAAUAUGAUGAAAAUGAUCAGGCCAUUUACAGUUACUACUGAGAAACACUCCAAGGUGACAAUGAGAAUCAGUGAAAGGAAGUGCCCGUUCAUUGUUACAAAUGUAUGCAGCAUGGCUCAACCAACCUGUGAAAAGGAGUCCCCAGGCCAAGAUGAAGACUUACUGGUAGUUUCUCAAGAGAGAAGAGAGUUGUCUGUUGAAGAUUUACAAGAAAAUUCUGGGUCACAAGAACACAUACCUGAUGGCAAUGUAAAUGAAACGGAAACAAAACAGGACAGAUGCAUGGAAAAUUGGCUAGAGGAUGGCUUAGGUAAUCUCUUUGAGGAAAGUCAAAGUUCAAAAGAAGGUUCAACCAGGAAACCAGGGAAGUCAAAACAGGUAAAGUCCCCUGUGGAUAGAGGGAUAAUAGAUCAUACUGAGGAUGGACCCAGUAAAUCUAAAAAGAAAAAGAGACGAGCAAGCAAGGCUGCUGAAACACCCGAUCACUUCAUCGCCCUACAGAUCAGUAAUCCUAAGAUCCAGAAAGGAUUCGCUGACAUUCAGGAAAAAAUCAUUUCCCAAAGUUCUCCACUUAAGGAUGCCAUGGUGUCUGUCAAGAAACUUCAUGUUACGGUCAUGCCUGUUUGUUUACCUACUCCGGACCGUAUAGACAGAGCAAAGACUGCAUUGGAGGUGUCUGCGGCCAGACUAUCUGCAGAUUACAGGGACCGAUUGGUGGUGUUGGGAGUGGCAGGACUGGGACACUUCAGGAACAGUGUCCUGUUCGCCAAAGUCACUCCAUCUGACCCCACUCAGCACGACGUACUACAGAAUAUAUCUGAUGUGGUGAAUGACUCAUUUGCUGAAAAUGAAAUUAUAAAUACAGACAAAAGGUCUGAUUUUAAACCUCACAUUACGAUAGCAAAGAUGUCAAAGAACUUUCGUAAACUCAGACAGAAAGGUAUUAAGAAGAUAGACCCUUCACUGUAUGAGGACGAAGUGGACAGACACUUCGGCCAUCAAGUACUCACCACCGUUCAGCUCUGCUCAAUGUUCAAACAGGACAAGGUGACUGGUUACUAUAAGAUACUACAGGAAGCAAGUUUUGGUCCUCGAGAAAUUUCAAAAAUGACAAUAGAACAGCAGUUUACUGUCACAUCAGCAGCGGAUAUUCUUGUACAGUGGAGUGUUAAAUCAGCCAUGGAUAGAUGUUUGGCUGUAAGUCACUCGGCUGGGGAUAAAACUAGCAACAUCAAAUCAGAGGAAAGCAGACAACCUGAGACGGAUCAUUUAACUGAUCUGUGUGAGGAUGAACAUUGUACAGUACACCAAGUGAAACUAGAUACAGAGUCUGACCUGUGUACAACAUCAGUGAAGGACUCUACAGCGACGCUGGACAUCAACGAUUCUAAAACUUAUCAAAUAGACUCAGUCUCUAAAGAGGAAGUAGUUAGUGUCUCCGCUAAAAUGUCUGAAGAAGAAAGCAGUCCAGAUGGUAGUUCUAAUGUUAAAGACUGUCCAGAUGGUAGUUCUAAUGUUAAAGACUGUCCAGAUGGUAGUUCUAAUGUUAAAGACUGUCCAGAUGGUAGUUCUAAUGUUAAAGACUGUCCAGAUGGUAGUUCUAAUGUUAAAGACUGUCCAGAUGGUAGUUCUGAUGUUAAAGACUGUCCAGAUGGUAGUUCUGAUGUUAAAGACUGUCCAGAUGGUAGUUCUGAUGUUAAAGACUGUCCAGAUGGUAGUUCUGAUGUUAAAGACUGUCCAGAUGGUAGUUCUGAUGUUAAAGACUGUCCAGAUGGUAGUUCUGAUGUUAAAGACUGUCCAGAUGGUAGUUCUGAUGUUAAAGACUGUCCAGAUGGUAGUUCUGAUGUUAAAGACUGUCCAGAUGGUAGUUCUGAUGUUAAAGACUGUCCAGAUGGUAGUUCUGAUGUUAAAGACUGUCCAGAUGGUAGUUCUGAUGUUAAAGACUGUCCAGAUGGUAGUUCUGAUGUUAAAGACUGUCCAGAUGGUAGUUCUGAUGUUAAAGACUGUCCAGAUGGUAGUUCUGAUGUUAAAGACUGUCCAGAUGGUAGUUCUGAUGUUAAAGACUGUCCAGAUGGUAGUUCUGAUGUUAAAGACUGUCCAGAUGGUAGUUCUGAUGUUAAAGACUGUCCAGAUGGUAGUUCUGAUGUUAAAGACUGUCCAGAUGGUAGUUCUGAUGUUAAAGACUGUCCAGAUGGUAGUUCUGAUGUUAAAGACUGUCCAGAUGGUAGUUCUGAUGUUAAAGACUGUCCAGAUGGUAGUUCUGAUGUUAAAGACUGUCCAGAUGGUAGUUCUGAUGUUAAAGACUGUCCAGAUGGUAGUUCUGAUGUUAAAGACUGUCCAGAUGGUAGUUCUGAUGUUAAAGACUGACCAGAUGGUAGUUCUGAUGUUAAAGACUGUCCAGAUGGUAGCUAGUUCUAAAAAUAAGAGUUCCAUGGAAAAUAUUGGUAAAGAGAACAGCGAUUCACUUGAAUAGUAACACACAUGGUUUGUUUGUUUUAAGAUAGUGGCCUAUAAUCUUAACUUAAACACUUGUCUUUAUUUGGUACAGAGUCAUAGUUCCUACUUAUAUUCUGAAUAGGAUCGCUGAUAUAUUGAUAUUUAAACACACAAAAAGCACAUUAAAAGGUGGUGUUUAUUGUAUGUCUACAGUCAUGGUACUAAAUGUUUAUUUAUUUUGCUAAAAUAGACACUGAUAGAUGUUUUCUUUACUGUGUUAUUGGAUGAAAUGAGAAUUAAAUGUAUAAAGGAAUGAAAUAAAAACAAC